AUUCAAAUGUUUUCUAGAGAUACUUUCUUAUAGUGAGCUUGGUAAUGAGUUUUAAAUCCUACUUUGAAUUGUGUUUUCGAAUUACGUCUGGGUAAAUUAUUAUAAUAUAAAGUACUGUUAUAUUCUCGCGUAUAUUUUUUAUUAAUUUUCCAAAGAAACAGAAAAAACAAGAGCAUCCACAAUCCAUAGUAUAGGCGUUGUACAAUUAGAAAACAAAAAAAAAGAAUUAGAUAAAGAAAUGUAUUUAUAUAAAUAAACAUAAAUGUAAAGAAAAAUCCUCGCAUUGCUUGCAGAAAUAUAUCCAUUAAAUUAUAAAAUAGGCGGCAAAAGAAAAGAAGACCUGAGUGGGGGAGGACAUGUAACGUUUCAAACAUGAGGCGAUGGGCGAGGCUACCGUUUGCAACAUUUUGAUUGGCUCUUUUACGUUUCAAGUCUUCCAAUGAAAUCGAUUCAUGUUUUUUUGUCCAAUGAAGACACACAAUCAGUCUGUGAAUAUUAGCAUGGACAGGGAAUAAAUACUUCUCACAGAGCUGCUUGGGAGGUUAUAGCUUCGUGUUUGAAUCGAAGAAAACAUGCCUGAGCCAGCAAAGUCCGCGCCGAAGAAGGGAUCCAAGAAGGCCGUCGCCAAGACGGCUGUAAAGGGAGGCAAGAAGCGUAAGAGGACAAGGAAGGAGAGUUACGCCAUCUACGUGUACAAAGUGAUGAAACAGGUUCAUCCCGACACCGGUAUUUCCUCAAAGGCGAUGGGCAUAAUGAACUCUUUCGUCAACGACAUCUUUGAGCGCAUCGCCGGUGAAGCAUCUCGUCUCGCUCACUACAACAAGCGCUCCACCAUCACCUCCAGAGAGAUCCAGACCGCCGUUCGUCUGUUGUUGCCCGGUGAGCUGGCCAAACACGCCGUGUCUGAGGGAACAAAGGCCGUGACCAAGUACACAAGCUCCAAAUAAACUCCCGCUGAUAUUCUCAAAACCCCAAAGGCUCUUUUAAGAGCCACCCAUAUUCUCGAAUAAAGAGCAUCUAUCUAACGUUUAUUUUCGCCACAUUUCUUGAAUAAUAGUUGUCUAUCCUAGUAUAUUUAAAACAGCCGAGGGAAAAUAGACUGUGUGCUUAGAAGGCGCGAGAAAGACGAUAAGGAACCGGAACGAGGGUGCAUGUUAAAUGUGUUUGUGUAAGUUACCGUUAUGUAUUGAUCACCGA